UGUCUUUACGUUUGGGGUGCUAAUGACCACGGGCAACUCGGUAUUCCACAUAUCAGAAGUAUCAAACGAACACCAAGCGUUUCCAAGCCACAGAAAUUAAAACAACCGAAAAUGGGGAGAGUGUACGACAUAGCCACAUGUUGGUGUCAGAACAUGAGUGUAGCGAUGAGUGACACUAAUCGAAUAUUUAUAUGGGGCUAUUGUGUGGAUAAGGAUAUUAAUGUCCCAACCCUUACUUCUUUAAGAUGUUUACAAGAUUCUUUCGCAUUUUACAGCAGUGAAAUAUACUGUCAUUUGUUAAUUGUCAAUGAUGAAAAAGAAACGAAUGUAAUGGAUAGCAUGGAAGAAGCUUUCGAUGAUGCAAGUACCAGCGAUUUAAUUAUUCAAGUACAUGGGAAACCAAUUCACGUACACAAAGUGGUACUGAAAAUACGGUCUCAUUAUUUUAGGACCAUGUUUCAAGAGCACUGGACGGAAAACAGUCAAAGUGUUAUAAAGCACGAACAAUAUUCCUACGACGUGUACAAAAGUUUUUUAAAAUAUUUGUACACUAACGAAGUCGCGGACCUACCUCAAGAAGAUGCAUUAGAACUUUCAAUCCUAGCUGAGGCCUAUUCCGAGGAUCUAUUAAAAAGACGAUGUCUGCAGAUGAUAAGAAAUAAGAUUACAGUAGAAAAUGUACUAUUGUUUUAUGAUGCAAGUAUGAAACACAAUUUCAAGGAGUUAGAAGAGUACUGCUUUAAAUUUGCAACAUACCAUUUAACCGAUGUGGUACAAACAGCAAGUUUUGCCAAACUAAAUGAAAGCUGUAUAAAAACUUUCAUCACUGAAGCUGCCAAAGCGGGCACUUUUAAUACAGAAUGA